AUGGGAGCGCGCCUGCAACAGCAACAGCAGCAGGAGCCGCCGCCGCCCCCCUCCCAGCUGAGGCCCGCGGCUCAGGCACUCAUCUGCGGCGUGUGCCCAGGAUACCCUAACAGGCCCUCCCCACUUACCCCCAACCCGUUUCCACUUCCAGCGACUCGAUCCCCGGUGCCUCCCCGGGAACCAGGUGGAAGGACUACGGCUCUGGGACUCUGCCCCUCUCGAUCCCUGGAGCUUGAUGCCCGAUUCCUACCACCCACUCCUCUCAAGACACCUUGUCUUGAAGCCCCUCAAAUCCUGACAGCCGGGAAGUGGCAAAGAGAGAUUGCAGCCCCAGCCAAAGGUCGGGUUUUGCGCCGCUGGAGGCCUAGCUCCCAGAAUUUCGCCUGGUUUGGGGCUAGGACGCGGUGGAGCGCUAAGUGGAGCCCGGAAAGCUUUAGGCCUUCCUACCCUCUCCACCCAUUAGAAGCAGAGGAAGAAAAUCUGGAAAGUUUUAUUAGUAAAAGCAAGCAGCAUUGCCGGAUGCAGCCAGGCAUAGUUUUUAAAGUACUGAAACUAGCUUUACCUGCCCGUCACUACAGCCCCCCAGACCACCUUUUACUAAUUUCCCUAGACCCUGCCCAAACAACGGCUCUGCCCAGUGUCUGGGCAGGGGAAGCCUCUUGGCUGGUCCCCAGUUGCUACAAGCUAUGGGAUUUCCUGUCUGUGUCCCCAGAGGCCCUGGGCCCACGAACCCUAUCGGAGCCUCCUCUCCUGACACUUGGGACUUCGCUGUGGGAAUCUCCAGCGCAUGAUGUCUUACUCAAACAACACCCCUACGGCAUGAAUGGGCUGGGCCUCGCUGGGCCAGCCAUGGAUCUGCUGCAUCCCUCAGUGGGAUAUCCGGUCUCCCUUGCACAGCUACCCCCUCGGAAGCAGCGACGGGACACGAACACCUUCACACGUUCACAGCUGGAUGUACUGGAGGCGCUUUUUGCCAAGACUCGAUACCCAGACAUUUUCAUGCGGGAGGAGGUGGCCCUUAAGAUCAACUUACCCGAGUCCAGAGUCCAGGUUAUGGUUCAAAAUCGGCGAGCCAAGUGCCGACAGCAGCAGCAGCAGCAGUGGGAAAGUGGGGCCAAAAGCCUGCCCCACCAAGAAAAUUCUUCACCUGCUCGUGAGAGCUCAGGCUCUGAAAGCAGUGGCCAGUUCACACCAACUGCCGUGUCUAGCUCUGCCUCAUCCUCCAGCUCUGCUUCUAAUUCGUCUGGAAACACUGCAGCAGCAGCCCUGGGAGGAAACCACUGCAGCCGUGGCUGCAGCCAGGCCUGCAAGCUUUCGUCACUGAGCACUCCCUGCUGCCUCCUCCAUCUGAGCCCUGCCUCUAUCUCCCCAGGCUGCAGGUCCCCUCCUCCGCUCUUGUCUCCAGAGCCUUUGCCAGCACCCAGCAACAACCCUGCCAUGCAACGCUCUGUGGACGCAGGAGCGGCUUCAGACCGCAGCUGCUUUCCUAUCCCUAUGUCUUAUGGUCAAAGGGGCGGUGGCUACAGCCAGGGUUACCCUGCACCUUCCUCUUCUUACUUCGGUGGUGUGGACUGUAGUUCCUACCUGGCGCCCAUGCACUCACACCAUCACCCGCAUCAGCUUAGCCCCAUGACCCCCUCAUCCAUGUCUGGUCAUCACCACACACACCACCCUCACCACCCAUUAAGCCAGUCUUCCAGUCACCACCAUCACCACCACCAUCACCACCACCAGGGUUAUGGCAGCACAGGCCUUGCCUUUAACUCCUCGGAAUGCCUAGAUUACAAGGAGCCUGGGGCCACUGCAGCUUCUUCUGCCCUGGAAACUCAACUUCAAUCACCCGACUGUCUGGACUAUAAGGACCAGGCCUCUAGGAGGUUUCAAGUCUUGUGAGAGAGAGAGAGAGAGAAAGAGAGAGACAGGAAUGAGAGGAGACUGAGUGAGAGAGACCAGAGGAGAAGAACAGGAAACCACUUGCCAAUUCCACCACCUCCUUCCAGCCCUGCUGCUGCUGCUGUUCCUCCUCUUUCUUUGACCUCUCCAGAAAGAUAUGCUUCAUUGUUCCAAAAGAUCCCCAUGCUCUUCGUUGUUCUCCCCCUCACCCUUUGAAUCUGUAUGCCACCUGCCUCACAGGGAUGUUUGAACUUGCAGCUCUUUGGGAAGGGACACCUGUCUCCACCUCACUCACCUGUACCUGCUGGGCAGGGAAUUGCUGUUCCCCCUUAUGCUCCUGCUAUGCCCCUAAAUCUCCCUUCCUUUCUUUCUGGCCAUGCAACUACAUACUCCCAGAUUUCCAAGACUCUUGGUCCUGACCCCACUGUUUCAACCUAAUCAGUUUAUUUAUUGUCUCUGGGACACUGGGAUUAUUAACUGGUGCUUUUACAGUACGAAGAGGAUUUAGGCAGCCACUCCAGCCAACCACCACCACCAACAAAAGUGCACAGCGGACACAAACUCCCCUUCAACUGCCCUCUGCUACGCUAGUCCCAGACUACUGGUGACCCCCCCUCCCUUUAGUUUACUCCUCCCACUUUGCCUGGGCCUGUGAAUUCGAGAUAAGGGCCUGGAAGUAUGGACGUUUUUGGGACUGAGUCUGGCAGGAUCUAGUCGAAAUGGUAAAGCCCCGCCUCGCUCCGCCCCCUCCCUUCCUCUGGCUAGCAGCACUGGUUUGGGAUUCUACCGCAGCUGAGCGGUGGGAAUGGUGUAAAAUAUCAGGUCCGUUCCGGGGACCACUUAUUCUUUUUAGUUGCUGUUUAUCGAAUUGAACCUAUCUUGAGUCUUAACACCAGAAAACAGAUCUUUAAAUAUAUACUGCAUAUAUAUAAAUAUAAAUAUAUAUAUAAUAACAAGGAAAGCAAAAAAAUCCCUGUUACCUCCCUUCCUCUUCCCCAAAUGGUGAUGCUUUCAAGUGUCCAGUUAUUACAAUACUAUCUUACCCCCCUCCCUUUUUACCCUUUGGUGUAUUUAUUAAAGAGAAUCAAUGGUCCAGGGAAGCAGGAUGGGGUGGAGCUUGAGGUCCAGAUGGUGUGGGGAAAACUGAUCUAAGUUUUGGGAGCUCAGACAGACUGGAAAGAUCGGAGGGGAGGAAAAGGCGGAGGACAGCGGGUUGGAUGGGAACACCUCAGUUAUGGCGAGGCUCCCGGUCCCGGGUUAAAGACCAAAAACUAAAACCAAACCAAAAAAAAAAAAAAGAAACAGAACAAAAGAAACCGACAAGGAAAAAAACAAACAAACAAACAAAAACCUCAGUUCCAAUUCAUCUCUCUCUCUUUUAGAAAACUGUUUUGUCUAGUGAGUUUUAGUGUACCUUCAUUUCUACAAAAAUCUAGCCGAGAGCACUCGGCGCCUGUGUCUCAACUAUGGUCUUGGCCGCUCGUCCCACAGCAGGAAAAGAAAUUGUAAAUUUGAUUUGUCCGACGUGAAGACCACAAAUUACCUGUUGAAAUGUAAGGCAGUUUUCUUC